AUGCGUACCAUGGUUGUCGAGCCCAGGGAGUAUCGAAGAUUCAUCCAUCAACUGUCUUCUGCCAGAUCCUAUAAACAAAUGAAAAUGUCAAUUUGCGACGUUCAAGCAACCAAGUUAAAAGAGAGUCCCACAUGCAGCCUUCUACCGAGAGGGGAAAUGCAUGUCCAAUGCUAUCAAUCAGCUGUGGAUCCAUCUGCUCAACACAUCAACUGCAGCCCUGAUAAUGUGAUGGUUGUCGGGCAGCAGGAUUAUUGGCAGAUCGCAAAACCCUUGGUCGCCGAACUAUGUAGCCAAUGGGCCCAAGACUAUGAACGAGCGGGUUGUACGGUGGAAGCACUGCCUCAGAGGGCGAUCUACCACGAGUCAAACAACCCGCUGGACUAUUUGUACGCCAUUGAUAGUCAUCUGAGUGACUAUCAUCUCCCUGACCAGGUUAAUUCAACGCAUGUAUUGCUGUCCUUCGGAUCUGCGAGCCCCUGCUUGGCGCCAGCCGAGUACCAGAGAAGCCAGCGGCGAGGUCCCCAAGAAGCCACUCCUCACAAGGAGCGCGAUGGAGCGGAGGAUAUACUGCCGACAAGCAGACCCGAGUCCAACGAGAAGGGGAUGAUAGAGCACAGCACCGCUGGUCUAUCUAAAGGUGAUGGUGCACAAAGUGACGCAUUCCUAGGAUGCCAUCCAGAGGUAGACUUUUCUCGUAUGGUUCGGGACGGCACAACUCCAGCGUUAGGGUCACUGCCAGCUCUCCUUGAUCUUGCGACCGAUGAAGGAGAGACUUCGACUGGCCUGAGAACACCUGGUACCACUGGCAGUGCUGCAACGUGCGUGGAUUCGUUGUUUGUGCCGUCAGAUGGUCAAGAUCUUAACCUCCCACCUGCGAUAUCCUGGCGUGCCAACCGGAUAUUACCGAGUGCCACAUCAUACACCAAGACAAUCGGGAACUGUUCCUUAGGUGCAUUCCCGGUGCCGUCGUCGUCCAAUCCCGACAGGUUAGUUGAGGAUUGGCGCCUGCUUAACAAUCUUGAUCAGGCUAUCGCCCACACGCCAUCCCCCUCAGCGACAACCCGUGAUAUCCCUAACACAGAUAACUACUUAUCUCCGGGUAUAGAAAGUCCGACCUGCCUUGCAAGCACACAUGAGAGUCCAGAUCAUAGGGCGAGUGCUCAGAUAGGCCUAACUGAUACUCUUGCAAAACAGUGGGCGGAUACAAACCGCAUUAUACUUUAUGGCAGUAUAUUGGCACGCGCUGAUAUAGAACAAAUACUGGAUGAGCUACAGAAUCCUCAGCGCCUAUCGAUUCGUACAGUUGACUUCCUUGGUGACUACUUUUCAUACUAUUGCCAAUCAUCUGAAUUAUAUAUCGCCGAUACAGUCUGGCCGGACCGUUUACAUCGUGGUAUUCUCCGUCUAAUGCCGCUCCCACAGACAAUACUACUACCCAGCUAUAUUAAUGGACACUGGUCAUUAAUUGAAAUUCAAAUCUACUCUGGAGCUGUGAUCCAUUACUCGUUUCCCGCAAUUAGGCCCGAGUUAAACGAGAUAUGUGAUUCUCGUGAUCCUGCUUGUACCCCCUGCCGAGGCGCUAUAGAGGCUCUAUCCCAACAUCUCCGAGAUAUGGAUAAGUUGUGCCCAGAGUGGAAAUUCUAUAACCAGUCGGUUACUACCACGAUCGGAGAUGAGGGCACACGCUUGCUUUGGACAGUAAAGCAGCGUGUCAACAACCAGUCCGUCCAAGAGGAACCGUCCGGGGGUUUCCGGGGGAGCCUCAUUCGUGAAAUCAUGGCGGAUGCACUCCACGUUGCAGGGAAGUCUCACUUAUCGUCACCCUCGGCGACCUCGCCCUCCCGCAGGCACCACAACGUCAUAUCAGAGCAGGCGCAGCAACGCUGGUCUGCGGUCACGAUCACAUGCAAUACUCCGAUUGACUUUACUCAUAUAUGGGAGCGAAUAGGCCACAUGCCUCUAAGCGCUACAGUGUCGAUCGGUAACAAGCAGGUUGACCGGCUACUCCGGUUAGCCUUUACUAUCGCAUCGCCGCCUGUUCUAGUAGAACUACGGCAUCAAUUGCUAUAUCUACGUCAGAAGCAGAUAGCAUCUAACUGGUGCUUCCAGCGUACCCCAGCCGGUGUAUUUGAGGCCGGUAUCUGGCACAAGGGCAAUAAGCACACAUCCCGCAUUGGCCUCGCGCUAACUUGCUGGUCUGUAUACAGCCAUCGCCAGCAACGGCAGCAGGAGGGUUAUCCAGAUCCAACCGCUCAGACCGUAGUGGAUAUCUAUCACCAGCUCCCUGAUGCGGCGCGUGAUUAUUACCAGGUCGAGGAGAAGCUGGUACGUAUUGCCGGCUCACCCAAUGUGCUCUGCCUUCUACCCCAAGGUGUAUCAUUUGCAGGACAGGACACAUUUUCUAUGACUGACUACCAGACUCUUAAAAAAGCCCAUUUUGACGCCUUGGAGACGACAUUUCAAGAAUAUAGGCCCCGGAUUACAGGAUUGAGCAGUGGACAGAACAGGAGAUCCUGGCAGAACCGCUGGGUUCGGAGAAAUUGGACCGAGCCUUCGAUCUGCUUGUGGAAGAAUGUAUCAAUGAAAUAA